CUGUGUUUAUCAGGUCUUUGAAAGUGUUGCCAAGAAGUAUGAUGUAAUGAAUGAUUCAAUGACUCUAGGGAUUCAUCGAGUGUGGAAAGAUAUCCUCAUGCGUAAAAUGAACCCUUCCCCAGGAACACUUCUUCUUGAUGUUGCUGGAGGAACAGGUGACAUCGCUUUUCGAUUUAUUAAUUAUGUUCACUCUGCACAAGAACGCCAGCUCCAGCAGAAGCUUAAGAACCAUCAGAAUUUAUCGUGGCAGGAAAUUUCUGAGAGUUACCAGGAAGACAAAUUUAAGUUGCUAGGGGAUUCCCAAGUGGUGGUCUGUGACAUUAACAAAGAAAUGUUAAAAGUUGGGAAGCAGAAAGCACAGCAUCUCGGCUACUCUGAAGGUUUGUCCUGGGUACUUGGGAAUGCUGAAGAGUUGCCCUUUGAUGAUAAUAAGUUUGAUGUUUACACAAUUGCCUUUGGAAUCCGAAAUGUAACUCGUAUUGAUUUGGCACUUGAGGAGGCCUAUCGUGUGCUGAAACCAGGAGGAAGAUUUCUCUGCCUUGAAUUUAGUCAUGUCAGCAACCCUCUUCUUUCCAGGCUCUACGAUCUAUACAGUUUCCAGGUUAUCCCUGUUCUGGGUGAGGUUAUUGCUGGUGACUGGAAGUCUUAUCAGUAUCUCGUGGAGAGCAUCAGACGUUUCCCUCCUCAGGAGGAGUUGAAGGCAAUGAUAGAAGAUGCAGGCUUUUUAAAAGUGGAUUAUCAGAAUUUAAACUCAGGCAUUGUUGCCAUUCACUCAGGUUUCAAACUGUGAGUCUACUAUGUAGCAAAACACAGGAAGUGUAAUUUAUUUGCUGAGGAAUAUGAAAGCUGUGGAACUUCUAAGAACUUGUGCAACAUACACUUGGUCAGCAAUCGGAUCCAGAAGAACAUCAGCUACCUUGUUUCCACUGAGAAACCUGCAGAGGGAGGCUCCUGUGGCGGCACUUACACUUGCAUUUCCCUUCAAGUGCAACAUGAAGGACAUGGCCAAAACUGAGCGGUGCCAACAGAUGAAGCAACAGCAGUUACCAGUGCUGGAUACAGAAACAGACUGACUAGUCUUCAAAUGAGAUGCCUCGUUUUUUCAGUAAGCUUCAAAGAGGAUAUCAUACUAGUAUAAAGUAACUUGGAUUUAUUAAUUUUUAUUUAGCUGUCAUUAUCUUUGUUGUGGACUUUUCCCUUGAUUCCUUUACUGCUUUCAAGGGCAUAUGGAAGGUUUGAGAAAUAAAACAGCUCUGCAUCAAUGUUUUUCACUUACAUCAAUAUUUUAACCUUUUUAAGGUUUCCUUUCUAAGAAAGGAAUUUUUUCCCGAAGGAGAAUGACCACAUAACUAUAUUGUGGGAUGAGAUGACAUGUUUUCACCUCCAUAUAAAUCUUUUU